UUAUAAAAGAAUUGCUCUGAGCAAGAACUAUUACAGCUCUCCUGCAGAGAUUAUCUACAAGCACAGUGCAGGAUAUCUCCUCUGGCACUUAGCUUCUGAUUCAUUUCUAAGUCUUACCUGGGUCACACAAUGGUUCUGUAUCACAAACAGUUUGCCAAUGCUGGCCAGACAUCAGGACUACAGAUAUGGAGGAUUGAGAAGAUGGACCUGGUGCCAGUUCCUAGUGAAUUGUUUGGAAACUUCUAUGUGGGAGAUGCCUACAUAGCACUUCACACCAUUGCGAAGAACAACAGCAAAUUUUAUGAUCUGCACUUCUGGCUUGGAAAGGAAUGUUCUCAGGAUGAAAGCACUUCAGCUGCCAUAUUUACAGUUCAGUUGGACGACUACCUUGGUGGAAAGCCUGUACAGUACAGAGAGUUGCAGGGUUACGAGUCUAGUGUUUUUGUUGGUUACUUCAAAGGUGGAAUUAAAUACAAGGCUGGUGGUGUUGCAUCUGGCUUUCAGCAUGUGGUUACAAAUGACCUCUCAGCAGAAAGACUUCUGCACAUCAAAGGAAGGAGAGUGGUCAGAGCCACCGAGGUCCCACUUAGCUGGUCUAGCUUUAACAGUGGAGAUUGCUUUAUCAUUGAUCUUGGAACAGAGAUUUACCAAUGGUGCGGCUCCACCUGUAACAAGUACGAACGCUUCAAGGCUGCACAAGUUGCUAAUGGAAUUCGUGACAAUGAGAGAAAAGGACGUUCUCAGUUGGUUGUUGUGGAAGAAGACAAUGAACCCUAUGAACUCAUAAAGGUUUUAGGAAAGAAGCCUAAAUUGCCUGAGGGAGAUGAUAGUGAUGAUGUUGCUGAUGUUUCCAACAGGAAAAUGGCUAAACUCUACAUGGUUUCAGAUGCCAGUGGAUCCAUGAAAGUCUCAGUUAUCGCAAAUGAAAAUCCUUUCUGCAUGGACAUGCUAAAGUCAGAGGAAUGCUUUAUUUUGGAUCACUCUGCCGACAAAAAGAUCUUUGUUUGGAAAGGCAAGGAUGCCAAUGUUAGUGAGAGAAAGGCUGCAAUGAAAACAGCUGAAGAUUUCAUUAAACAGAUGAAUUACCCCCCUAACACGCAGAUUCAAGUAUUUCCUGAAGGAGGUGAAACACCUAUCUUUAAACAAUUUUUCAAAGACUGGAAAGAAAAGGAUCAAAGUGAAGGACUUGGAAAGGUGUAUGUCACAGAAAGGAUUGCUAAAAUACAGCAGAUUCAAUUUGAUGCUUCAAAGUUGCAUGAGUCCCCACAAAUGGCCGCUCAACACAACAUGGUUGAUGAUGGAUCUGGAAAAGUGGAGAUAUGGCGUGUUGAAAGCAAUGGUAGAAUCCCAGUUGAUCCCAGCACUUAUGGUCAGUUCUAUGGUGGAGACUGUUACAUCCUUUUGUAUACCUAUCCCAAAGGGCAAAUUAUUUAUACUUGGCAAGGAGCACAGGCUACAAGAGAUGAGUUAACAACAUCUGCCUUCCUUACAGUACAGCUGGACCGGUCGCUGGGGGGUUUGGCAGUCCAGGUCCGUGUUUCCCAAGGAAAGGAACCAGCACAUUUGCUCAGCUUGUUCAAAGACAAACCCCUUAUUAUAUACAAAGAUGGAACAUCAAGAAAGGGUGGACAGACACCUCCUAAUGCCAUACGCCUUUUCCAGAUUCGCCGGAACUUAGCAUCUAUUACUCGAAUAGUAGAGGUUGAGGCAGAUGCUGCUUUAUUAAACUCAAAUGAUGCAUUUGUGUUGAAACUGAAGAACAACUCUGGCUAUAUGUGGAAAGGGAAAGGAGCCAGCUCAGAGGAGGUGAAAGGAGCAGACUAUUUAUCCAGUAUCCUGAAAUGCAGUCUCACAAAGAUAUCACAAGGACAAGAACCAGAUGAAUUCUGGAGUGCCUUGGGAGGAAAGAAAGCAUACCAGACAUCUACGUUACUGGAAUCCCAGUCUGCAAGUCACUCUCCAAAACUUUAUGGCUGUUCGAAUAAGACAGGGAGAUUUGUGAUUGAGGAAGUCCCAGGAGAAUUUACUCAAGAGGACUUAGCAGAAGAUGAUGUUAUGUUGCUUGAUACUUGGGAACAGUUGUUCAUAUGGAUUGGAAAAGAUGCAAAUGAGGUUGAGAAAAAGGAAUCUCUAAAAUCAGCCAAAGACUAUAUUGAAACAGACCCGUCAGGUAGAGAUAAAGGUAUCCCAAUAGUCACAGUGAAACAAGGACACGAACCACCAACAUUUACUGGCUGGUUCAUGGCUUGGGACAGCAGGAAGUGGCAGAACUGAAACAGACUGUAGGCUCCAGCACAUCAUGAAGAACCUGAUAAAACAUUUUGCUAUAUUUUUGUACACUGCCAGUUUUAUUACAAUGUUAGCCUCUCCAUGUUUUGUAUAACCUGACUGCUAUUGCCCAUUGCUGCAUAAGUAUUUGUUGUGUUUUAGAACAGCAACUUAAAAAAAGAAAAUUAAUUUUUGUGCAGUAUUUGUUGCCUUUUGUAAAAGUAACAAUAAAUAAAAAGAAAAACACA